AUGAAGGAGGGGGAGGAAGCGGAGAAGAACAUGGCGAAGAUGAUGAAGAAGAAGAAAAAAGAAAGAGGUGGAAGGAAGAGGAGGAGAAGGAUAAAAAACUGGGAUGACCAUUUAAAAUUGAAGGCUGAGCGUUGGGCCCAGAAAUGCCGGUACGAGCGGCCGGGUUUGAACCAGUACAUGUUCUCACGUCAGGACGGCCACAAUCUGUUCUACCUGGAGGGCAACAUCCAAUCGUGGCACAGCAUCUCCAAAACCAUCGACAAAGCCAUCAGCUCCUGGGUCAGAGAGAAGGAAUACUUCCGGUAUGGGCAGGAUUGUGGCAGCGCAUGCUCAUACGUUCAGAUGGUGUUUGCCAAGACUAACAAAAUGGGCUGUGCGCUGAGCUCGUGUCAGUACCUGCGAGCUGGGAAAUAUUGGAUCCGACACGCCACGCUGUUCGUCUGCUACUACACACCAAGAGGAAACUUGGUGGGGGAGUACCCGUACCUAGGAGGAGCGGUGUGUUCCAACUGCCCUUACGGAACGCGAUGUGACAACGGUGGUCUCUGCGCUAAAUCGGUGUUCGCCGAAUAUCGUGCUCCGGCGGCGAUAACACUGGAGACCGACGAGGUGGAGAAAACACUCCCCACUGACACAUCACUAGCCUCUCUGACUAAGGACGAGGAAGAUAUUCUCCUGGAGGUUACCAAUAAGCUAAGACAGAGAAAAGCUCGCCAACAACUUAUAUGGAGUUCAGAAAUCAAGGAAUGGGCCAACUACGUGAUCCGGUGUGACAGAGAGUACCCAGGUCCGAGAUCCGCGUACACCAACUUUGGAAAGAUACUCUCUACCCGUGGGGUCCAGAACUUGGUGUACGAGUGGGGUAAGGAGGGCGACCUCUCGACCAUCAAGUUAAAGUACGCCUGCAGGACACCCAACGAUCACAAGAAGUGCAAUCACAACACAAACCUCAUGGAACACAAAAUAACCCGGAUGGCGUGCGCCGCGUGUAACUGUGGCUUCAUGAGACAGCUAACGUGUAUCUAUGACAACAAGAUGUGAUUGCCCGGAUUAGACUGGUGCGGGGUUGGACUUGCGUAAACUGUUGUUGUCUUGUUACUAACAUAGAACUGUUGUGUUUGUCGGAGCUUGAGACUUUCUGUGGUACGCGUGUCUUGUCGGGGAUAAUACAGCGACACGCCAUAUGCACAUAUUACGAAGACUUUGUGUCUUCACCUAAAGUACUUGAGUUUCUGGAACUGAUGUAUUUGUCUUCUGUCUUGUUGACUGAAGAAAAGGUUCAUGUAACAAUACUCGAAAAUACGUUACAGUUUGGUAUAAAAUAUGUUACGGUUUGGUGUAAAAUACGUUACGGUUUGGUGUAAAAUACGUUACGGAUUGGUCUAAAAUACGUCACGGUUUGGUAUAAAAACAAGAAGUCCAGGUUUAUAGUGGGUUUAUAGCAGAACCAUCUUCAUAAAUCAAGGCUAAUAUUCGUUCCUCGUAUUCAGCCUUGAUACAUGUCGUCAAGAAAUCGUGCCACAAAAUGCUUAAAUUUCAAUGGAUGCGAUGAGAUCUGAUUGCAACGAAU